CAUCUCCAUCGAAACAUGUUGUCUUCAACAAGUGGAUUCGCAAUUGUGAUUCUUGUGAUCGUCGCUGUCUCUUCUACACCUAUCAACGGCGACGUAUCCGCGACGCCCGACUCCGGAGUCAAGUGUACACCAUGUGAACAGCAUCCUCCGCCGCCGCCACCACCAUCACUGCCACCACCACCGCCGCCUCCAAAGAAUCCUUACACGCAGAACUGCCCUCCACCACCAUCAUCCUCAGGUCAAUCACCACCGACUCCUUAUUAUUAUAUAACUGGUCCCCCAGGAAAUUUGUAUCCCUUCGACCCGUAUUACUCUGUUUCUAGCCGGAAUUCAGUUGCCGGAAUUCCGCUUCUUGUUGGAUGUGGACUGUUGGGAUUGCUUCCUUUUUGGAGACUAUGAGGAUUAAAGACUUGGAUUUUCAAAGAUUGGGUCUUUGGGAGAGAAUAAUCCUUAGGUUAGUUUAGCCCUUUUACUCAAUUGUUUAAAGCGAUCAUCUUUCUGUGUAUCCAUGUCUUUCAGUUUCUCCAUCUUUGAUUUGUUUGGUUGGUAGAGGAGAGACUAUUUCCUCUAUGUUCUUCUCAAUUGUUUUGACUUGAAUAACAGUUAAUCAAAUUUCGAAUUUCUUUAAAUUUUUUGUUGCAGCUUUUGUGGCUUUUA